AUAAUGACCAAUCAAAUCACCCUGUCCUCGAUUGUUAAGGUGCCCACGCCAUUUUGAUCACAAAUAGAAAAUCUGGGAAGCGCAAGAACACAGAUCUUUGGAGUUAAAUGAUUGUAAACGAAAGGCGUUGUUAAUAGUUUUAAGAUUGAUGCACGACUGAUUGAGUGACGUUGAAGAUAUUCAGACAACCAGACAAUAACCUCUAAAUGCUAAGCAGGACAGGUCCACCUUAGUUGACUGAUUCCGACAGACAGUCCAUAUAAGUGGUAUGUCAAUACGUCUCAAGAUCCGGACUCGUAUACAAGCGGUGCCUUGCAAUAUUAUACAUUUUGUUGGGCUGCGAGCUGCAUUAUCAAUCGUAACAAGCCGUCACGAUGUCGGUGAUUAUACGCCUCCAGGGUCUAUCCUGGUCGGCAAGCGCCGCUGACAUCCGGAACUUCUUCAAUGGUCUGAGCAUCCCGCCAGGCGGUGUCCGCAUCAUAGGGGGCGAGAAAGGCGACGCGUUUAUCGCUUUCAGUACGGACGAGGAUGCGCGCCAGGCGAUGAUGAUGACCAGCAAAAUGCUCAACGAACUGCCAGUGCAGCUGUUCCUGAGCAGCAAGACGGAGAUGCAGAAUACAAUUCUGCAGGCUAAGAACGCGGCAGAGAGCCAGCCAAUGGAACAGCAGAUUCCGCAGCAGCAAAUGCAAACCCCGGGCCAGCAGACUGGUAUGAUGGGUUUACCUCAAGGUCAGCAACUACUUCCCGGUCUCGGUCCUUCGACCGCUACGGCGCCAAACACACCGCCUGUUUCCAACAUUCCUAUCAAUCAAUCGACUCUCGCCUCGCUGAGUCAACUGUCAGGCUUGCUUCCGAGCAACAUCACGCAGGCGCUGGGUUUCUUAGCGAACGCUAACUUAAUUCCGACCACUACGUCUAACGCAGCGCAGAAUAACGCAGCGCCGAAUAUGCCAGUUAAUGCCUACCCUGGCAGUUAUCAGUUCGACAGAAAUAUUAAUUCUGGGCAGCCACUGAAUGCUGUCAAUACGCAAGGAAAUUUUAACAAUUCUAGUAGCUGGAAUCAAAAUUAUUCUCAAGAUCCACGAGCUAUGCAAGCGGCUCCUUUGCAAAAUAAUUUCCAAGGAUGGGGUCCGAAUAACCAGACAGGCGUACAGUUUCAUCAGCCAUCUGACGUUCAUGAUAAAUCCGGUUCUUUUUCCGGUCCGCGUUUGACGUCCCAAAUGAACACUCCUAACGAAUCACUUGACGUCAAUAAGACGAAAACACUGUCCGAUUAUGUUGAUGAAUUCGGCCGGAAUAAACCCAUUGAUAAAGUACGGUCGGAAAAGGAUGACCGCCGGGAUAGUAAAGAACGCGAUAGAUCGCGUGACCGCUCGCGCGAAAGGUCGCGUUCAACUCGCGACAGCCCACGCGAUAAAGACCGCGACAAACGCGACAGAGAUAGGGACCGGAAGGGUGACUCUAAGAGACGCGAUCCAAGGUCUUCGUCGCGUCGAGAGCGGGAACGCGGUCGUGACCGAGAUGAUGACAAUCCGCGACGAGGCAGCGAUGCGGACAAGGAAAGUGACAGUGAAUCUGGUCGUCGAGCAAAAAAGCGUUCUUUGUCCCCGUCAAGCAAAGAUUCUAAAGAAAAAGACAAGAAACUGCAAACAAGUCGACCUGGAGAUUUAAAUGCACAACCGCCUGGUACCGAGGCAGUAAAUUUCAAGCAGCAUAGUCAACAGAACGUUAUUCAAGGCCCCCUAGUAUUAUCUUUACCAUCAAGUGUUCCUGGACAGCCGUCAUUGUCCGCGACGCAUCCGCUGUUUCCGGUCACCUCACAUCCGCCUGACCGAAGACAUAUUGCGCACGGAGAUCAUCGGGCUCCACCUGCACUUAGUUCUUCCCAGCCCUUACUAAUACCAUCCAAUACCAGCAUGCCACCAGCCCAAAAUUUACACGCAGAACACAUGAACACGUUUCCGAUGCAAAGAGCGCCCGGAGGCCCGCCUGUUCGUCCUAAUGGUCGAGGAUUUUCACCAGCGCCCGGUCAGAGAUCAGGUUUACCGCCUAACGAACCCGGCUUUGGUUUGCGCGACGAAAUCGGUCCGCCUAGAGAAGGCAUUGGUAACCAAAUACCACCCUCUGAUCGACCACCAUUCGGUCGUGGGCGAGGAGAAAGAAAGGCGCUGCUUCCUAACCCAGAUGGGCCUGGAAUAGCGCCAAAUACGCCGCUAACCGAGCGUCAAGAUUUAAGAAGGCCGCCCGGUCCAAUGGAUGGUCAAAAUUUCGGUCGUCCGGGAUUUCGAGGUUCGAAUGACGGUCAGCCUCCUUUUGACGAAAUGUUCGCGCAAAAUAUGGAUCGUGGAGAGCCCCGCUUUGGGCCAGACACCUCGCGACCGCCUCCAAAUUCCAAUGACGGCCCGUUGUGGAAUGCCAACAGUCGAGGCAAUUUCCGAGGUCCACCGGAUGCCAUUGGGCUGGAUGGCGGGCCGGUGGAUAGGUUUUUAAUGGAUCGUGCGCCUAUAGACGUAGACGUUGACGAACGAGGACCACCAAGGGACUUGAACAGGCCGCCAUUCAAUGGCCCACUGGAAGAGCGACCUUACAGCGGCACGCCCGGCAGAGGGCGCGGAGAGCGACCACGAUUCGAGACCCCGUUUUCCGGUGGAGGAGGGCCAAGAUUCGCCGGCUCACGAGCGGGAUAUGACAUUUCUAGAGGUAGAGGGACUUUCAAUGGACCACCGGGGAGAUUUGAAGGUCCGCGGUCGCGGUUUUUAGGGCCAACAGAAAAAGAACUGCGGUUUGAUGAUCGUCCCAUGGACGGCCCUCUCGAACGCAUUGACGGUCCACCGGGACGUUUUGAUCGACCACCAGAGAGGUUUGACGGACCGCCCGAUCGUUUGGAUGGACCUCCUGUAAGGUUUGCACAGCCCGUGGGUCGAUUUAAUGGACCUCCUGAGAGAUUAGAUGGGCCACCGGGACGAUUCGAUCUAUCAGGUCGUCCAGAUCUCUUUGACGGUCCGCCUGGUCGGAUGGACGGGCCGCCAGGAAGAAUGGAUGCACCACCAGGAAGAAUGGAUGGACCGCCUGGAAGAAUGGAUGGGCUGCCUGGAAUAAUGGAUGGACCACCUGGAAGAAUGGAUGGACCACCUGGAAGAAUGGAUGGGCUGCCUGGAAGAAUGGAUGGACCACCUGGAAGAAUGGAUGGACCACCAGGAAGAAUGGAUGGACCGCCAGGAAGAAUGGAUGGUCCAUCUGGAAGAAUGGAUGGACCACCUGGAAGAAUGGAUGGACCAUCAGGAAGAAUGGAUGGUCCAUCUGUAAGAAUGGAUGGACCACCAGGAAGAAUGGAUGGUCCGCUUGGAAGAAUGGAUGGUACACGUGGCCUAAUCGAUGGACCGCCUGGAAGAAUAAAUGGACCACGUGGCUUUAUGGAUGUUCCACGUGGUCUGAUGGAUGGACCGCCUGGCAGAAUUGACGGACCUCCUGGCAGAAUGGACAGGCCGCCUGGUCUGAUGGAUGGUCAGCCUGGCAGAAUGGACGACAGAGACAUAUUUGAGCAGUUACCGGACAGAUUCGAAGGAUCGCGAGAUAGAUUUAAUGGUCCGCCAUUGCGAUUCGACGGACCUCCGGAUCGUUUUGACGGGCCUGCAGACCGUUUUGAUGGUCCACCAAACAGAUUUGAAGGCCCUCCUGACCGACUCGACGGCCCACGAGACCGAUUUGAUGGCCCUCGGGACCGAUUCGACGGCCCUCGGGACCGAUUCGACGGGCCUUUAGAUCGCGAUAUGCAUCGUGUUGGCCGAUUUGAUAGAAGUGGCCCUCCGCCGGAAGGGUUUAACAGAAUGCCAAUGGACCAUGAUGAAAGAAUCAUGGGUCCUGCAGAGAUGGACGAUCCUCGAAGCCGGCGUGGUGACGAUCGACUUCGCUCAUUCGAUGAGUUCACUGACAGAGAUGACAGAGGCUUGGACGGGCCUAUGAGCCAGGACGAUGGCCGAAGAUUUACAAGAGAUAGUGAUGUACCCAGAGUGGAACGAUUUGACGAUGGGCGCCAUGGACGACCCGAUGAGCGGCGCACUGGUGCUAGACCGCGGGAAGAUCGGCGACCGGAGGAAGAAUCUGGUGUCCGAUUUCGAGACGAUAAGAGACCAGAAGGCGAGUCCGAUAGACGUCGUUCGGAUCGCCGUCCCGAUGAAGGUCACUCCAGGACGUCUAGGCGAUCCCCAGACAAACGUUCAAGCGAUCUGACAGGCCGCUUUUCGGAUCGCCGAGGUAGCGGACGCGAUCGCUCAGAUAAAAGCGACAAGAAUGACAGUCGCAAGAAUCGGGACAGGAGCGAUGUUCGUGAUUCAAAGGACGGUAAACGUAGUGAAACAAGUGCUAAACGCGAAGAGAAGUCUCGCGAGGAGUCAAAAGCAUCGGAUUCUGCUAAAACUGAUUCAAAAGAUAAAAGCUCUAGCAACAGUAAAUCAAAUUCAAGUGACUCUCAAAAAAAUUCAAAGGAGACUCAAAUUAAUUCGAACGUAACACAUCAGAAUACAAACGCCAUUCAAAAGAACUUAAGUGACACUCAAAAAAAUUCAAAUGACACUCAAAAGAAUUCAAAAGACAUUCCAAAGAGUGAAAGUGUAAAAACUCCGGCAGACCCAAAGCCUUUAAUAACGUCCACAGCAGCGGACGCCAAAGGUAAAAGUGUAGACAAUACUUUGAAACAAGAUUCCAGUGGUAAGCCAGGUGAUGCGCCAUGUUGCAUUAUGUUGUCAAGCAUCGCACACGAGACAUCUUACAAAGACAUUCGACGUUUCUUUAACAGCUCAGAAAUACCACCGAAAAAUGGUAUAAAAAUCUUAAACGAUGAGAACGGAAAACGAAUAGGAAAAGCCUACGUUUCAUUCGCGAAUGACCAAUCGUUUAAGAACGCUCUAAAGCAAGAUAGGCUGAGAUUGCGCAAUAUUCCAGUUGUAAUUACGCCCGUGACGAGAAAGGAAUUCGCCGAGGCGGUAGAUUCGUUUGUUCCGGUGGAGGAUUACGAUAGAGCCAAAGAGAUAGACAUGUGCAAUACUAUGGCCGCCACCUUGCGAACUUUAAAGGGUGACAGUGACGCCAAGGGCCCGAAACCCGGGAAUGAAUUUGUGCUGAGAUUAUCUAAGCUGCCAGAAAACACCACAGCCGACACGGUGAAGAAGUUCUUUUCGGGGUUGCAAAUCUCGAAGGGUGGAGAAGCCGUGUUCUUGGAAUCGGACCGGAAGAAAACGUGCACAGGUGUGUGCCUGGUGGAAUUCGAAACUGAAGAGGCAUUAAAACUUGGCUUGAAAAGAAAAAUUUUCAAUGGAAUUUCAAUAACCAGUGAACAAACGGACAAAAAAGCUAUCGAGGCUCUGAUAAGUAAAAUGAAAAAGGAACUGGAAGCUGAAACUGAAAACAAGAACGGGAAUGCUACUGCUGUUGCUAAAGAAACUUCUCUGGUCUCUGUGCAAACGAAAGACAUUAGCGUACCACCAGAUAUGAUCUUUCUCCGUCUGAAAAACAUUGUGGGCCUUAAACACUGGGAUAUACGGCCCAUAUUUGAUGGCCUCGGCGUUAAAAUCAUCAAUGUGCAGGUGGCGCACGAUGCCGUGGGGAAACCGCUUGGCGAGGCAUACGUAGAAUUCGAUACCAGCUCUUCAGUUAAGAAGGCCCUUCGGAGAAACAACAUAUUUUGUAAAGGUCAGAAAAUCGUUAUGGACUUUAUGACCCGAGCCCAGGCGAUAGAGAAUCUACGAAUUUGCAAGCAGGCGCUCAAACCGGAAUCCCCCACGCGCUCCGACGUGUUCUUCUACGUGAAGGCAUCGAACUUGCCAAAGAACGUUACGACCGGCGAACUAAUGGCGUUUCUGUCGGGCUUUCAGCCAGCUCCCGAGUCCAUCAGGCUUAACAUCGGAGAGGGGAACCAGCCGCCGGACGCCAGCACGGCGCUCAUAGGGUUCCGGAUACGCGAAGACGCAGAGGCGGCUGUGGUGGCUAAGGACCAGGAGAUGCUGAGAGGAAAGGCCGUCACCCUGGCUAAGAUUAUUUUAUAGAGUAAAUCAAAGGCUGCAUUAAUUGCGGCAGUGUUGACAAAGUGAUCUUCGGGUGCUGUUUGUUUUAAGAAUCAGAUAUAUGGCUGUUGGCGGUGAAAUUCUGGGUAGAAUUUGAGAAACUCGAUUCCAGAAGAUCCAGUGAAGGUAAUCACGGGCAAAUUAUUUGAAAUAACACUGAAUGGCAAUGUCAACAAAUUGACAUCUCAGUUUGAAAAUGUUGAGAAGGAAACGUUAUGAUCCAGUUUGCCCAUGUAAAGAAGGGAACAUGUUGAUUGGACAGCCAAUGCGUUUCCUGGAAUGUACAUAUAUCAAUAAAAAAAUUAUAAAGGGACCCAACAGAAGUGUCAAUAACUUUAUAAGUGAAUGGUUUUCAAUGGUGACAGACCUAUCGAAGAUAGGAUACACGGAUGAUGGGCAGUAAUACCAAGGCAUUCAUAGAAGAGUGGACAGAUACAUCAAGGAAGUGAUAGAAUAGAGAAUUGAGAGAUGACAUGGAAAUACACAUAUAUCUGAAUACAUGUUUGUUUAGACUGUUUUAUUAAAUCGUCGUUAUUUAAUAGUAAAUGUUUUAGAGACUUACGUUUAUUUUAAUUGUUGGUUUUGGUAGAGAAUCGAUUCUUAAGAUCAGGGGCGCAUUAAGGAAAAGGGUAUAUACGCAGUUUCAGUUUAUCUUACGAUUAUCCAAUUUGUUUUAUGAUGUAAAGGUUUGUUGUUUAACUUGAAUUAAUUUUUUUAAGAAUUGUGAGGAAAUAAUACAGUUAUUUCGUUCAAAUUAUAACGUUAUAACACAACGUUGGAGCCGUGCGUUGUGCACGCUACGGUUACGGUUUACAUUCGGGAACAAGUAAACAAGUGAACACGUACAACUUCCACAUACUUUUCACGGUUAUUUGUCGUUGUUAUUUGCCGAUUCAGCAAUUUUCUAAUAAACCGCCGUAGAAUAUGUUUAAAUCCCGUUACUUUAUUUUACUGAGUAACCGGUAUUUUUGACCACUGUCGUCUGAGCUGUUAAUCAGUUUUUCGGAGAUUUUUGUAUUAUUGAUUCUUCAUCGUGUACCUUUUAUGUGUGUAUAUAUAAAACAAUAAAGGUAUUAUUAAUCUUCUAAACUCAAAAGGUCACGCAAUGGUGAUUUGUACUGUUGUUUUAUUCUUGUUGUUAGUUUAAUUAAUCUUUCAGUUAUAAUAAAUGUUAUUAAGCAAAUACAUUUUGCAAUGUAAUGAUAUGUAUAUACUAUACAUUCAUUCACAGGAAAUUUUACGAUUCAAAUAAACAUCAAAAUGGUGAGAUUGUGAAGUUAAAUUAACUAUCAUCAUGAAAGCUUUGUAGGCUGGCAUUGCUUAUUUUGAUAUUAAGUGUAUGUGAAAGGGUAAUAUCAGGGUGUGAAAUUGUAAGAAAUUGUGGCCAUUUCAUUUAUUUAUACUAGAUUUAAAAAAAAAAACAGUAUUCUGCGUUGGGCCUGUUUCUUUGUUUUUGUUUUUAUGUGUAUGGAUAUUUACGAGUUGGCCUCGUAAUAAUUAUGCGCUGUAAAUAUUCAUAAUGACGUCACAUCUGUAUAAAGAUUGUCAUUUACAAAUUACAAUAAUGAGACUCAUUGUCAUUUAUUUUGCACAUACUGUUUUGUACAAAGUUGAAAGAAGUAAACGAAUAAAAAAAAUCAGGAUG